CACAGUUACCUCCGCCGUCAUGUCCCACGCCAUCUUUGACGCCCUGCCAGAGGUGCAAAUGCAACAGUUGCUAGAAGUACCUGAUUUGACCCAAAGUACUGUUACCAUAUCUGGGGGGCCUCCCACUGCCACCUCUACCAGCCACCAGUGUGCUCAGCUCUCCUCAGCCAUCACAAAUACUAGUAUAAGUGAGGAAGUGUCUUUGGACGAAGAUGAUGUAUUUCAAUGUGGGAGAUGCAAGAAACAGUUCUCAUCUCUUCCUUUCUUUAUGGCCCAUAAACGUGAUCAGUGCUCAAGUAAAAACGGUGGGCUGCGUGUGCUACAGACAACCCAAGGGGCGCAGUCUGCUUCAGUGACAGACCUAAAUAGUUUUGGUGAAAGUGCUGCACUUACUAACCAGAUCCAUGUGCAAGUCCAACCUCAACAAGCCACAGUGUCUGCAGGAUAUGUCAGUAGUGGUUUGCCCUCCCCUGGUACCACCAUCAACCAGCAUAUUAUUGUCAGUGAAGCAGAGUUUCUUCCAUUCAUUGAAACUACUCAGGUAUUACCACUGCCUGGGGGUCUGCAGACGGCCAGCUUCUUACCAGUGUCUAGCAGCAACAAAACAUUAUCCUCGGGAGUAUCCCCACUACUUACCACUACUGCUUCUAUAAAUGCCUCCCUUGAUGUUACUUCAAACUUGUCAUCAUCCCAAACUUUAACAACAAUCGUUGGGGGUGUUGGAGACGCCACUGAUGGUGGUGGAGGCAGCAGCAGUGGAGUUCCAAUACAAGUGGAUAUAACUGAGAAGGAUGAAGUUGCUUGUUACAACUACGAGUUCUUCCAUGGUGGGAUGGCCAAGACUGCUCCUAGCAAGAAUGAACCCAUAAAACUGAAGCCAAAGCACAGAUGCCAAUAUUGUGUUAAGGAAUUUAGCAAGAAUUUUGACCUUAAGCAACACAUCCGCUCACACACAGGAGAGAAGCCCUUUCAGUGCGUUGUGUGUGGUCGAGCCUUCACACAGAAAAGCAAUGUGAAAAAACAUAUGGCCACCCAUCGUGUGUGGCCAUCUGGCUCCCUCAGUGAUACUUUACCCAAAGACCCAAUUAGGAAACUUAUGAUGUCAACCUCAACAAUAGAUAUGGUACCUCAAAUUAACCUUUUAGAAGAUGGUGUAAUGAAAGAGGAGGUUCUAGUGGAUGACUCCUAUGUCUGCCAGUUCUGUGAUCACUCCGUCAAGAGCUACGUCAACUUACGCACCCAUAUGAAAAAUCAUGUUGAGGAAAAGGUGUACAAGUGCAUUCAAAAGAACUGUGACCUGUCCUUUGAUGACAUAGACCCCUUUCUGGACCACAUCAACACACACGACCAUGACUUGCAGUACCGCUGCCAUACCUGCUCCAAGGUGUUUUCUUCACUCAAGACUCUUGGCAAUCACCAGAAGGACCACUCACUGUCUCGUCAGUCAAAAAAAACUGUAGGCCCGAGUUAUUUUCGAUGUAACAAAUGUAGGAACAAAUAUGCCAGUGCUGAGGCAUUGGACCACCAUCUACGCACCUCUUCACAUCACUAUCCUUGUAAACAGUGUGGAAAAAUGUUCACAACUGAGAGAUUACUACGCCGUCAUUUGCACAGUCACGGAACAGGCAAUAUUUCCACUUGUGUCCAAUGCUCCAAGGAAUUUAAGACAGAGUAUGCCUUAAAGAUGCAUCAGCUCAUACACACUGGGGAGAAACCACACGAGUGCAACCAGUGUGAUGCUGCCUUUAAUCGUAAAGAUAAGUUAAAACGACACUUGCUGAUCCAUGAAGCAAAAAAAUUCCAGUGUCCUUUCAAGUCUACUGCUGGUUGUCUCAGGGAAUUCAGCAGACCUGAUAAAUUACGGCUCCACAUGAUGACUCACGUGGGUGGUCGUGCACGCCGUGGGCGAGGACGUGGACGAGGCUCCAACACCACACGAAUGGAACGACAGGUGAAGACAGAGAUCCUUCCCCCUGAAGAAAUAAAGUGCUCAGUCUGUCAUUUGUCUUUUCCACCUGGAGAAGAUGAUCACAAAUGCCUGGUAGAAGAGGAUAUUAAUAGUGGGUUCAUUGAUAACGAGGGUAGAGACCCGAGUGCCUCGGUAACACACACAGGAAGGAUCCGUCCUGUCCGUCAAGCAGUAGUACGAAGAGUAAGAGAUCAAGCCAGCAGUAAAAGAGGGGGCAGGAAGAAGAGAGGGGGAUCUGCGCAUCAAAGUCAUUCUUCACGUAGACAAAACCAACAACUGCAGGAUGUGAAACACCAAUACCAGCAGCAGGAAAAGCAUAUAAUACAGACACAGGAAAUUCAGCAUCAGGUAGAAGAAAAUAUCUUGAGUGUGCCGACCGUUGAGAGCAUCACCGAGGUAGACGGUGAUGCCGAUACCCAGAAUGUAGACAUCAUUUACAUCCCCCUUGCUUUGGUGCGGGCUAUGUCUACUGAGGAUGGCAGUCAUGUUGAUAGUGAAAUGUUGGAGGGUGGUCCCACUAUUACAUUAGAUGGCACCACAUCAUCACUUAUAGUUGGAAAUAGUACAAUGGUACCCUUAGUUAAUCCUGCCACAGUACAUGAAGUGGAUCAUCUAGAACCCACAACUAUUCUUAAGGAAACUUCAGAUCUGCAGGUUAUAUAUAAUCCAGCCACUCCUCAGCAGGGAAACAAUGGCACAACACAACUGGUAGAGACACAAUUAACCAGUAACCACAUCCACAGUGCACAGCUUGGCCAUGAUGCUGAUCUAGAUGAGUCUCACCUCACACACACACAUCUCACACAUAUUAACAUUUUACCAGAUCAGACUUGAUACGAAGCCUAAUAAGUAGUACAGUAAUCCUAAUCUUUACACCAUCAUAUAGCUGUCACAGGAAUUUGUAACAAACAUUAUGUAAUAAAUAUAGUGAUCAGUCCAAAAAUAUUGCAAUAAUUUACUCUUUUAAGUAGUACCGUAUUAAUAUUGUGUGGGAUACGUAUAUAUAUAAAUUUCAGAGAAUAAUAUCUAUGAAGACAAUCAAUUAUUUAUAUGUCUACGGUUUGUGUAAUAUUUUCUACCUUUAUAUUUCUGUCCCUCCAAAACUUUUGGCUUGUGACAAGAUUAGAGGCCAGUAUUGUAAUAAGUGUUGUAUAAGAAUACUUCUUGAUAUGUACAGUAUACUGUAGUACAGUACUGUAUGUGCAAUAUUUAGAAACGGAAAGACAGUCUAUUUUUCUUUGACAUAUUUUUGACUCGGAAUCAUAUAUUUUGCUUUAUUUAAUAAGGUGAUUGACUUGGAAUGUAUUUAGUAUAACUUGAAAUUUUGGAUCAUAAUUCUUUAUUUAAUCAAGUCUGUAUAUUAUUAUGAUAAAUUACAACAAGAUUAUUUUCUUGUUUGGUCUAUUUUAUUGUACAUUAAUUUCAGAUUUUGGUGCAUAAUUAUUAAUUAAUUGAUAAUAUAAUUUGAAUCUUCAUCCGUGAUGAAAAAAACAUUACCCGUAUUAUAUUGAGUUAAAAACACUAGUAACUGUUGAGAACAUUAUUGAAGAAGAAUGAGUAUGACCUCUAGCAGGUAAUUAAAACAUUUAACUCUUUUUCAGUUACUGAUGUGUGUUAAUUUUGUUGCCAUGUUAGAACCUGUAUGAGAGUAUAAUUACAGUACUGUGUAUGGUGAUAAAUGUGAUAACAUCUCCUCCCUUGGAAGGAGACUACAUUGAAGAUAACUUUGUGUGGUGAGUCUUGGCUUUGCACAAUGAAACUAACGGGCUUCUUUUGAGUAUGGAGACUCUUCCCUGCUUUCACUUACAUAUAUACAGGCAGUGCUCACUAUCCAAAAGAAUGUGUUCCACUGGUGUGGUGCAUAAUAUGAAAGUUCAUAUAGUGAACAGAAUUUUCCCAUGGACAACAUUAUCAUAAUGUUAUAAAUGGAGGAAUUAUUCUUGGGGGCUGACUUUCAAGCACCUUAUGUAACCUAAACUAACCAAACUUGAGUAUUUUACAAGAGAUACAGGUAAUAACUCAAUACAAAAUACCUCCCCAUAAACAUCUUCAAACAACAGAAAAGUAAAUUAGUAC